GAGUUGCAACAAUUGUCUCUCUCUUACCUGCGAACUCCAAGGAGAACAGAUGUGCAUUAGAGAGUGCAGCACUAUAGUUCGCAUAUUCGUUAACUCUGUAUAAGUUAAUCUGUUUAUUGGUUGAUAUAUGUGUUUCUAAGUGUUUUUCCGGUGUUUUCGUGUAUAGGAAAUCACUUCAUUGGCGUCGCCGGUAGGAUAUUUUGCCCACCUACGCCACGAAUGAUAACGAUGAUCACAGACAGCAUGAUUGUGAUUCUCUUGUGCGGUGUGUCUGCAGUAGUGUCUGCUGGAUGCGAAACACCACCUUACACAGCACUGAGAAAUGUAAAGUACAUUCCACAUAGUAAAAUAGAGGUAGCAGCUCGUGUUAACUGUCCAUCAACUGAACAUAAAGCUAUAUAUGUGAUCAGCACUUGGAGAAAUGAAACUUUGGUGUUAUGUGCCUGUGAAGUAGUAAUGUUUGGUGGAUAUUGUCCUGAAGUGAACAAUAAGAACAAAAUUCAAGUGAACUUUGAUGCACCAUGCCAUAAUCUUUCGUCAAACCCAUGUCCACAAAAGUACAAUGCAUCACAGAGUUUCAGAUUUACAGGUUGUUUUGUAAUAUUUGGAGGUAUUCCGUCUCCAAAAUCACUGGUCAUGAAAAAUGAACUGUUAGAGGGCACAAUCCAGCAAUUGAAAACAGAUAGCGAAAAGCGUUUGUCAAAACUCAACAGGAUUAUUAUUGAAAAAAACAAUACGAUUAAGAUGCUGAAUAAUAAAAUAAAUGAUGAAAAGGAAAAGUUCAAACAAAAGGAGAUUAUCUAUAAAUGUGUUGUUGCCUCUCUUGUGAUUUUAAUUUCAAUGAUGCUGUGCUUCUUUGUAAAACAAUACUGUUGUGAUAGAAAAUCUGAUGAAUCAAAUGACAAUAAGCUACUGAUAAACUGCUGCGAAAAAUACCAAACCAAUAGCGAACAAAACCAGAGGAUGUUGCUAGUGGGUACAUGUGAAGGUUCUGACAAUGAAAAUAAAUCUGGUGAUGCAUUGGGAAGUAUUGAAGGUGAAUGUUUAGAACAAAGAGAAGUCAAUGACGUUUCAUUAGAGGAUGAUAUUGAAAAUGCCAAUGACGUUCCAUUAGAGGAUGAUAUUGAAAAUGCCUCGGUCCACACAGAUAUCCCGUCUCAGAAUGAUGGAUUUGAUGAAGUUCUUAAUAUAUAUGUAUGAAGUGACAACAAAAUGGAUUUUAAAAUUUUGUAACAUUUGCAGUCAAAAAUGUAUAUACAUUGUAUUACAGUCUCGCACAGUCUCAAUUUCAGUGGAGAACUUCCGGAGACAAGCAUACAUUUCUCACCAUAGCAAAAGGCUAGGAAUUGACUUAUUUGAGUUAAAAGCAGAGUACGCGAAAUACGUCGGACCGUCGGACAUUUCGGGAAAAAAUGUAUCUGUUCAGUAAAAAUUUAUAUAGUCCCUGACCAAAAGUCCGGCGCCUUUACUUUAGUGCGAAUUGUUUAUUGUACGAGUUGCUUUUUGUUCGAAUUGUUAUUAGCUCACCUGAGCUGAAAGCUCAAGUGAGCUUUUCUGAUCGUCUGUCCGUCUGUCUGUAAACUUUUUACAUUUUGGACUUCUUCUCCAGUUCCACUAGGCCAAUUUUAACCAAACAUGGCCAAAAGCAUCCUUGGAUGAAGGGCUUUUAAGUUUGUACAAAUGAAGGACCAUAUCCCUUUCAAAGGGGAGAUAAUCACAAAUAUACCAAAAUAGGGUGGGGUCAUUUUCUUCUUCUCAAGAACCACUGAGCCUGCUGAGAAGAGCUGAAAUUUCCAUGAAAGCUUCCUGACAUACACAGGCAAAUGUGCCUCACGUGAAAUUCACAUGAAUUUCACGUGAAAAUUUCUAUGUGAAAUUCACGUUAAAAAAACAUCAAAUGUGAAUUCACACACAAAAAAAUUCACGUGAAAUUCACAUGAAUUUCACGUGCAAUUCACGUAAAAUUCACGUGAAUUUCAUGUGAAAUCUUUAACAUGAAUUUCACAUAAAAUUCACGUGAAUUUCACAUAAACUUUAUAACGUUAAAUCAUACAUGGAUAUUUUGAUACCUGAAUCUCGGGUUCAGAUGAACACAAAAAGGAGUACAAAUCUUUAUUCAAUCUGCUGAUAAUUUAAUUAUUGAAUUGGUUUUUAAAUGUAUAUGGUUGUCUUCAUUGUCUUUUUUUGUUUAUUUCUUUUAAACUCUGAAAAAGAAGUAUUUAUGUAUUAGAAGGACUGUUCAAUAUAUAAAAGGCGUAAUCUUAAUCCUUAUAUACACAUACUAUGAAUGAAAUUCCAUGUAGAUGUAGUAGAAACGAAGAAAAAAAGUUGCAAAAUUAUCAAUAAUUUGUGUUUGAAAUAAAACUUAUGUUCUGAAUUACGA